CCAUUAUUGUGAUUGCAAUUGGCAACAAACAAUUGAGCAAUUGAGAGGUGUUGUCGCAAGUGGAUCAUAAAACACCUGAAGAUUGAAAAUACGCCCCUCCCACUGUUCUGUCCGUCCUGUUUUCAUUUCUAUAGAUUUGUCCUUCCAAAAAAAAAAGACACCCAAACCCCUGUUUGGGAAUUAGGAUCUGUAAUCAAAGAUCUGAUUUUUUUUCACAUUAAAAUUAACUGUUUCAACUACCCCACAUCAAAAGUUGAAGAAAAGACCUUGUUUGUUGUUGCAACUGUAUCAACCCCAAAUCCCUUCCUUUUCAUUUCUCUGUUUUUGAUCCAUCUCUUUUCCGGUUGCCAAAAAUGUCGGUCGCGGCCGUUGGAUCUUUCUCUACGGCAACACCUCCCACUUUGAGGGGCCGGCCUCGCUUCACCAUGGCCGUCCGAUCCAAAUUGGUCUCUGUUUCUCCAAUUUUGACCAAGUUUCAGAAGGACUGCGACACUCCUCUGCCGGUUUUGCGCCACGUGGCCGAUGCCAUGGCCGAUGACAUGCGGGCCGGGCUCUCCGUCGACGGCGGCGGCGAUCUCAAAAUGAUUCUCAGCUACGUCGACGCUCUCCCUAGUGGGAACGAGAAAGGGCUGUUUUAUGCAGUGGAUCUCGGUGGCACCAAUUUUCGAGUGCUGAGAGUGCAAUUGGGUGGCAGAGAACAGCGUGUUAUUGCCACUGAAUUCGAGCAACUCCCAAUCCCUCAACAGCUCAUGUCUUCCACAUCUCAGGAGCUCUUCGAUUUCAUUGCUUCUAGUCUGGAAAAAUUUGUAGAGAAAGAAGGCGAAAGAUUCCACCUCUCCCCUGGAAAAAAGAGAGAGAUUGGAUUCACAUUCUCAUUCCCAGUGAACCAAACUUCCAUUAAUUCUGGCAUACUAAUCAAAUGGACUAAAGGUUUUGCAGUUUCUGGAGUGGCUGGGAAAGACGUGGUUGCUUGUCUAAACCAAGCCAUGGAAAGGCGAGGAAUGGAUAUGCACGUUUCGGCUCUCGUUAACGACGCUGUUGGAACCUUGGCUGGAGCUCGAUUCUACGAUGACGAUGUUGUGGCUGCUGUGAUUUUAGGUACUGGAACCAAUGCCUGCUAUAUAGAACGAAUGGAUGCUAUUCCCAAGCUGCAAGGCCAGGCAUCUUCUUCAGGGAAAACAAUUAUCAGCACCGAGUGGGGAGCGUAUUCAAAAGGUCUUCCUCUGACUGUUUUUGAUAGAGAGAUGGAUGCUGCCAGUAUCAAUCCCGGUGAGCAGAUCUUUGAGAAGACAAUAGCUGGAAUGUAUCUUGGCGAAAUUGCACGUCGAGUUCUUUUGGCAAUGGCUGAAUUCGCCCCUCUUUUCGGCCAAUCCAUCCCCAAAAACUUGUCGACGCCUUUCAUCCUCAGCACACCUGAUCUAUGUGCUAUUCAUCAAGAUGUCUCCAAUGACCUUCAAGUUGUUGGAUCAAUCUUGCACCAUGUUUUCGGGGUCGAGUCGGAUUUAAGCGUGAGGAAAAUUGCGGUCGAGGUAUGUGACACGAUUGCAAAGCGAGGCGGGCGAUUGGCAGGGGCGGGAAUCGUAGGAGUUCUGCAGAAGAUUGAAAAUUUUGAAGAUCUUAGGCUUGGGAAGAGGAGAGUAGUUGCAAUGGAUGGAGGAUUGUAUGAGAACUAUCCACAGUACAGAAGUUACCUUAAAGAAGCAGUCAUAGAACUUUUGGGAACAGAGUUGGGUAAAAAUGUGGCCAUUGAACAUACCAAGGAUGGGUCUGGCAUUGGGGCUGCUCUUUUGGCUGCUUCAAACUCUAUUUAUGCAACAUGAUUCAUAGAAAGGAAACAACAGUUAUAAUUUUUUUUCUAAAUUUUGAUCUAUUGGUUUGAUUCUAUAUUGCCAAAUAUGUAGAAAUUAUGUAGAAAAGUAUAGUUUGAAUAUUGAAUUUGAUUUUGAACUCAAAUCCUAAUGGUGUUUGUGAUUAAGAGGUACACUUUUUGCA